UGCCUAACUCCUUUAUCCCCCCUGUUUUUUCUAUUUGCUUUUAAAGCUUCCCAGGAGAGUGUGAGAGCAAUUCUUUGCUUGUCCAUGCAAGGACAGAAAAGCAGCAAGAACAGAGUAUUUUUCAGGUGGGCAGUGCAGGCAUAUUCCUUUGCUGUCGACAACAACUCUUCUCCUCUGAACCAGAUCACAGUCAAGGUUUUCUUUUAAGAUAAGUCACCUGAAGUGCCAUGACUACUACUGUACCCCCAGGCUGUGGCAACAUACAGGAUGACUACUAUUUGCUCUGUAAUACCAAAGCUUAUUGGGGAAUUAUUCUGGAAGCUCUAGCAGCAGCUGGUGCAACUGUCACAAUCAUCCUCAUUCUGGUGCUUUUUUUCCUUAUCAGUAAAGCCCAAGACAAUGCAAAACGUAGCCUGAUCCCAAUCCAGUUUCUCUUCCUCUUAGGUACUCUAGGAAUUUUUGGGCUCACAUUUGCUUUUAUCAUCAAGCUCAAUGAGCAAACCGGUCCCACACGUUUCUUCCUUUUCGGGGUCCUCUUUGCCCUCUGCUUUUCCUGCCUUCUGGCUCAUGCCUUGGACCUCAUCAAGUUGGUGAGAGGAAGACGUCCAUUUUCAGCACUAGCGUUGCUGAUUAUGGUCCUUGGUUUGACUGUUGUACAAGUGAUUAUAGCCGUACAAUAUGUAGCAGUCAAUAUCAAGGCCUUGAAGGCUCUACGCGGUGUGAUGGAUGACGAAAGACGAAGAGACUUUAUUUUAAUUCUCAUCUAUGUAUUUUUCCUGAUGUUUCUCCUUUGCAUAGUUUCCAUGUUUGUGUUUUGUGGCUCAUACAAGAGGUGGAAGAGGCAUGGUAUCCACUUAUUCUUCACAGCUUUGUUCUCCAUAGGCAUUUGGGUGGCAUGGAUUGCUACCCUGAUGUAUAAUACCAGUGCUUUAGGGCUAGCUGAUGAUCUUCUCAUUGGUAUGGCUCUGAUAGUAAAUGGCUGGAUUUUCCUGUUUCUGUAUGCAAUACCUGAAUUCUGUGUCCUAACUGCUCCACGGAAACCUGGAGACUACCCUCUGGAGAAUAAUACUUGCCAGCCAAAGGGCAUGAAAAAAACCUAUGGAAUAGAAAAUCAAGGUUAUGCUCAGGAAGACAACACACAAGAAGAAAAUACUGACUCAUAUGUCCCGUAUUCAACUCAUUUUCAACUGAAGAACCUUGAGCCUCAACAGGAGUUCUCCAUUCCCCGCCCUAAAACACGGACCAGUCCAUACCAAGGGUAUUCUGGAGGGAAAGAUAUCAAGCAAUAGCAAGGAGAAGCAAUGUUGAGUUGACUGAGAUGUUGAUAUAACAGUGCUUCAGUUUUGCAAAAUCAGGGACACUGCUUACACUGCAGUGGAUGAAGGAAGAUGGUUUUCGUUUUCUUCUGUAGGUCUUCUGGCUCAGCACACGCAGCACUUUAUACCUCUGAAUUCAGUAAUGGACCUCUUUUGCUUCCUCCCCCCUCACACAAUGAUAACUACCCUCCAUCAAAUCUUUAUUAACUGGGCCUUCACCCUUGAUCCACAUGUGGGGAUGGGAGGCUUGAAGUGAGAUUCUUCCUCUGUGUUUAUUGGUUCCCUGUGUAAUAUUGUCUCUUUCUUUGCAUGAGUUCCAAAUUGUUCUCUAUACAGGAGGAGCUUAGACCCUAUUUUAAAUUUUUCACCAUGAUGGAUGGGGAGCAAUGCUGCCAUGGAACUUCUUCCCAUCAAUCAGAGCAGAGCUGGAAGGGACCUUGGGGGUGUUCUAGUCCAACCCCCUUGCUCAAGCAGGAGACAUUAUAAUGAUCACAUAUGGGCCGGUCACCUUAUAAAAAUAAUGUCUCUAAGUUCUAUCAAGAUUUUUUCCCCCUGUGAAUUGUUUGUCUGAGCUCACUUUCCCUCUGCAGAGAGAUUUAUCCCAGUCAUAGGGGUUGCUGAACAUAGAUGUGGAGAGCUUGCUGACCAUUACUAGUCUCUGAAUUAACUCUAUUUGCCUAUUUAUUUUGCUCUCAAAAGCACUGAAAUUAGGAUGAUCAUCAUGAUGUUUAAAAUACAAUUUAAUGACCUCCUGUUUAUACAAAAGGGGUCUGGUGAGGCAGUCAUAAGAGGGGGAUAGUUUUCAGUUUAAGUCUGAUUUAUAGAUUUCCACAGUGUAUAAUAAUGGCAGCUAUUCAUUUGCACCACCAUUCUUAGCCUAUAGUGCCUGGGAUGAAGGGAGACGACACAUCUGGGAAGUACUAGACAGGGGUCAACAGUGAGGUAGGUAAGUGUAAGUGGCAAGAACUUCUGAAAUGGUUGCAAUGGAAGAAAUGGACCCUACAGUAUGUGAUUCUUGAGAAUAAGCCUUAUUAUAUAUAACCUUUGCCAAUAUUUGUUAAAAUGUAUACCAGAUAAUCUAAGAACAGCAAAUAAUAAGAACCUUAAAAGUAAUUGAUUUUAGAGAGAAAGGGAA